CUCAACUCGUCCGCGCCUCCUUUGACUUCCUUCUCACUCACUCACAGCCCCAGUCAACGUCGUCGACGACGCGCACAAACACUCUUUAAACAAACACUGCGUCCGACGCACUCCUCCUUUUGCCCCCUCUUCUAUCGCCCCGUCCUCUAACCAAACGCCCACGCCCUCUCACACGACUCACCCAACACCCAUGAAGCUCCUCGUUGCAGCCGUCGCGGCCGCGGCGCUCCUCUCUCCCGUGUCAGCCGACCAGCGCCAGGAAGCCCAGGACGCCCUCGGCGCCGAGGUGGCCGCCGCGCUCGCCGCGCACCCCGAGCCAGGCUUCGGCGUGCCCCAGCGCCGCGCCGACAAGGCAACCUUCCAGCCGUGGCAGGUCAACUGCCCCGCCAACCUGCAGCUCGUGCGCCAGGCCGCCGGCGGCAUCAGCGACGGCGAAAAGGCAUACCUCGCCACGCGGUCCGCGCAGAUCAACAACGCCGUCAAUGCCCAGAUGGCGGCCGCUGGCCUGCCCACGCCGCCGCGCACGCCCGUUAUCGGCCUCGCACUCUCGGGCGGUGGAUACCGUGCGAUGAUCAACGGCCUCGGCAUGACCAUGGCCACGAUGAACCAGUCUGACGAAGCCAAGUCGUCGGGCGUCGGCGGCUGGCUCGACGGCGUGUCGUACAUGGCCGGCCUGUCGGGCGGCUCGUGGGCCACGGGCACAUUCAUCGCCAACGGCGGCCAGCUGCCCACCGACCUGGUGCACAACGUGCUCAACCUGCCCAGCAACCUCGUCGCGCCGCCGAGCGGCAAGAUCUCCUUCUACACGUCGCUCCUGAAUGAAGUCAACGCCAAGAAGGCGCUCGGGUUCCCCACCCAGAUCACCGACUACUGGGCCCUCGCGCUCGGCAACCACCUCCUGCCGCCCGACUACCGUCUCGGCUCGAUCAACGGCCCCAACCUCACCAUUGACGAGCUGCCCAACGUCGUCCCUGCGCUGCAGACGCAGAACGCCCAGCUGCCCAUCCCUAUCAUCAUUGCGGCGCAGCGCAAGAUCAACACGACCAUCAUCCCGGAGAACGCGACCUACUUCGAGUUCAACCCCUUCGAGUUUGGCUCGUGGGCCAUUGGCACCGACGGCGCCAAGACGCCCGGAUACUUCACCCCCAUCGAGUACCUCGGCACUGCGGCCAACAACGGCGUGCCGGCCAACACGAGCCAGUGCUGGAACGGCUUUGACCAGCUCACGUUUGCGAUGGGCACGUCGUCGACCCUGUUCAACUAUGCCAUUGUGCAGCUCGGCAAGACGAACGGCACGACCAACAGCACGGGCGACGCGAGCAGCGGCCUCAUUGGCUCGAUCCUCGGCGACAUUGGCAAGGACAAGAACGACAUCUCGCAGAUCCCCAACCCCUUUGCCAACUACACUGGCGUCACCAACCCCAACGUCAACGACCAGUACCUCGAGCUCGUGGACGGCGGCGAGACGAACCAGAACGUGCCCCUCGAGCCGCUGCUCAUGCCCGCGCGCAACGUCGACGCGAUCCUCGCGUUCGACAACUCGGCCGACACGGACUACUCGUGGCCGAACGGCUCGUCCCUCUGGACGACGUACAACCGCGCCGCGGGCCAGAACGCAGGUAUCCGCAUGCCGCCCGUGCCCAGCACCAACGGCUUUGUCAACGGCGGCCUGAACACGCGCCCCGUCUUCUUCGGGUGCAACAACACGGACACGCCGAUUGUCGUCUACGUGCCCAACUACCCGUGGUCGUUCUACUCCAACUCGACGACGUUCACGCUCGCGUACGAGAACGCCACGGCCGCCGCGCAGAUGGAGUCGACGAUGCGCGCCCUCACCCUCAACGGCACCGUCCCCACCUGGCCCAAGUGUCUCGCGUGCGCCCUCACCGACCGCUCGUUCGGCUACACUGCCCAGAACCGCUCGGCCGACUGCGCCCAGUGCUUCAACACGUGGUGCUGGAACGGCGUCGACGACUCGUCUGACCCGUCGGGCAAGUACGAGCCCCUCCAGGCCAAGACGCCCACCUUCCUCGUCCAGAACAACCUCACCACUGCUGCUCAGACGAGCGGUAUUGCCGCCACGGCCAGCUCCAAGGGCGGCAAGAAGAACGCGGCCGGCCGCUCGGUCACCGUCGGCGGCACCGCUGUCGCCGCCGCGGUCACCGUGUUCGGCGUCGUGAUUGGCGCUUCGGCCAUCCUCCUCUAG